CUAUUAAAACCCCCUGUCCCCUGGUGCUAAAUGCGUAUUUCAGCCCUGGGGGUCUGCCAAGUGGUUCAGCCUGUCAGGCCAUCAAACGAUACAACUCUCAGCUCUCCACUUGAUCUACCUACUACUUCCUCUAACCUUCUAACCUUCUACCCCCUCGAGCGUCAAUACCUUACACGAUAAUCGCCUGUUUGGUUUCAUAUUCACUUCGGCACUCGAUUUAUACGGGUUAUAUUAAAAAAGGAUUGGGAAGGUUGUUCAGCCCGUUUCGUUUUCUUCUUUACUCUUGAGCUCAAGUGAAGUAUCAAGAGACACGAUAUGAUCAUCAUUUUGGUUCGGCACCUAUUAUCCGCCGACAGAAGCUGCAUUUCGACCCGAGCUUUUCACAACCCCCCACUAGGAUUGCAGGAAGUGAAGCUUUGAUGGCCGCUUCUUUAUAAUGUUCCUGCAUUCGGGAGCGAGCCUCCACGGCCAUGAAUAUUCGAGCCGACCCGCCCCUCAACCUGGUCACCGACGCAAUCCACUCCUGCGGUCUGCUUUCGCUAAACCUAUAAAUCGAACAUCGUCCUACCGUAAUAGUACCGAGAUUCCUCCUGCUGAAACCAAUCCCCUAGAUGAUUCACUGCCCAUAAGACGACCUAGGCCACUAUCAGAACAAAUCCCUAAAGUCACCCAACAGGUUGUAAGAUUUCAGGAACCCAAAUGCGACCCUCCGACUCCGGCGAAGCGAGAAGCAAUGAGCGAAGAUGAGGGCUCGAUUGCUUCCGAUAGUGACGCCAGCCGGGUUUCGUCGUCCCCUCGUCGUACCCGUCGAAGGGUCCCGCGGAAGAGUACCACGUUUCUUUUCGCCCACCCGCCUCCGAAGUUACGCAAUAAGCAACUGUUGAUCCAUAUUCGCCCGAAGCUAUUGCUUCAAAUUCAACAAUUAUCUGCUAACCAACGCCCAAGACCGAUUAUCGACGUCUAUCCUUCGUCUGCCGUAGCUGGAUUCUUGAUCGCACCUCUGUUGAAGCGAUUCCCUCUGAUUGCCCGUAUUAAACGGGAAUUAGGCGGACAGGAUAUCAUGCUGGUAAAGAGCGAGGAUUAUGCGCAGGCCUCCGGGUCAGAAAGUGAGGACGACGAGGACGAUAUCAAGUCGCGCGAACUUUUAGCUAUAUUAAGUCCGUCGAGGACGGAGGACAAAGCUGAGAUUGUGCAAGCUGAUGGGACAGUUUGGAUCGCGACGCCUCGGCUGAGUGGCACCAGUUCAUGCUCGUAUGACUUCGUCUCUGUUGAUUCGAACGGAAAUACUAUCACAGCCCGGUGGGUUCGCAAACAGGUGACUACUAAAUCGCUGCCAGCGACGCCGACGACUGCACGCGGUUCCACACCACCUCCGCCUUCAGUCGACUAUAAAUUUACCUUUAGUAUAAUUGAUCCAAAUUGCCGACGUCAUCCCAUCAUGGCUACCCUUACAAACUCCUCUCUCGAUAUUCUCGACACAUAUACUACCGUUUCUCAAUCUGCUAGUCGUUACCCACCGACUUCUCCUUUGUUAUCUACACCUAUAUCUAGUUCUACUAGCGAAGAGAGCUACCUUGAGCGAACAACCCGAAAAGUUGAAGAUUGGCAGAAGACCUUCAUUACUAUAUCGGCUAUCUGGGUAAUACUCCGCCAUGGCUCUUCUCCCAAUUAUAAACCAGCAGAUCUGGGCACGUCUACUCCGGUUCCACCAUCAGACACAAGCGGAGUGGCUCGCAAGCGAUCACUAAGUGUUAAUACGGAUGCAGCCCCUAAAGUUACUUUUGCCGAAGUUAGCAGUCGGAGGAAAUUUCCAGGGGCUUCAUUGAAGAGUGAUCAGUUUGUACCCGGCGUGCUACCUAGGAGGGCGACAUCUAUCGGUGCCCCUUUCAUGCCGAAACGCUGCGCUACAGAUACAAAUCCCGGCCCAGCAAGUACUAAACCUGAGCAAGGAUCAAAGAACAGGCGACCAUUCAGCGGCGACUGGAGUGGACAAGCAAACCGGAAUGUAGACAACUCGUUGGCAGCUGUGCUAGACGCACCGCUAACCUCGUCUCCUACCGAGAUGUCCGCGCAAAGCAGCGCCCAGACCUUGACCCCCGCCGCCCCUUUAUCCAAAAAACGACGAGCUGUUUCGGCAUGUUAUUCGGUAGACGCUAAACCUUUUAACACCGGCAACGUCGAAGUUAUUGAAGCUUCCGAUAGUAAACGCAACUCGUUCUUCCAGGGCCCACUACAAGAUGGGCAAAAGGACGGCCAAGAACACAAGGCCAAGAAUCAGAAGCUGAGGAGCCUGACGAAUUGGUUUCGGAAAUUACAGGGGCGGUAGGACUGCCGACUAUGCCUCUGCACGUGAGCAGCGGAAUCAGUCGGGCUCGACCGAACGAACUUGCUUGUGGAUGUGAAAACGAAAAAAACUUGUAUCAUAUACAUACUUGCAUGGGACCGGAGUUACAGGGUUUGGGGGAGGAAGGGGACAAAGCAUUGGGAUUGGAUGGAAAAUCGCUUCUUUUUGGGUGUUUACGGUUACGCCGGUUGCGAAGAGGGUUGAAUCUAGUUUCACGGACUAGAACCCCGCAAAGAUUCAAAGACUUGAAACGAGAAAUUCGGAUACACCCAUGGGGGUUGAGGGCGAAGAGAACCCUCUUCACAAGAAUCGUCAUUGCCUGAGAUCAGAAUUAUUCAGUUUCCUAAAAGAAGAAAAGAGAACGGCCUCGGGUAGCAUUAAAAACUCUGAUGGUAUUAAAUAGUCUAAAUAGAAAGAACAUCUAUUAUGUCCUAUCUAUCUUGUGAUGGCUUCACAUUCAUGGUGGAUCGAUGGCAUUGUAGCUUGAUUCAUUCACCACUACAGCUCGAGGUAUC